GAGCGGACGCUACCAUUGUGGCGGCUGGAGGGGUCCCGCCUUCAUCCGAAAGAUGGCGCUGGGAGUGAGGCUGUUGUUGCUGCUGCUUGUCCUUCAGCUCAGUCAGGUGCUGUCUGAGUAUGGAAUGGUCCACGUCCUAUCCGAUAAGGAACAUGGAAAUACAAAAGAUUACUGCAUCCAGUUUAAUCCCUACUGGGCCUAUUUGCCGCAUGAUCUCAGUAAGGCGUCUCUCUUGCAGCUCCAGGACCUGACAUCCUCUGACCUGUGCACACCUUCAGAUGUGCCCUUACAAGGAUUUAGCAAUAGAAUUGCCAUGGUGAUGCGUGGGAACUGUACAUUCUAUGAGAAAGUAAGGCUUGCUCAGAUCAAUGGAGCCAAAGGGUUGCUCAUCGUCAGCAGGCAGAGUCUGGUGCCUCCAGGUGGAAACGGGAGUCAGUAUGAGGAAAUUGAUAUUCCCGUUGCGCUCCUCAGUUACGAUGACAUGCUUGAUAUAUCAAAGACUUUUGGAAAAUCAAUCAAAGUAGCAAUGUACGCCCCAAACGAACCAUUCCUGGACUAUAACAUGGUGGUUAUCUUCGUCAUGGCAGUCGGGACAGUAGCAAUUGGUGGAUACUGGGCAGGAAGCAAAGAUGUGAAAAGGCGCUACAUGAAACACAAGCAUGAUGGGGCAGACAAACAGGAUGAUGAAACUGUCGAUGUUACACCAAUCAUGAUCUGUAUUUUUGUGGUUAUGUGCUGCUCAAUGUUGGUGCUCCUUUACUAUUUCUACCAUCAGCUAGUGUACGUAAUCAUAGGAAUUUUCUGCCUUGCCUCUUCCAUUGGACUUUAUAGCUGCCUGUCUCCAUUUGUAGGGAGAAUUCCUUUCUGUGAAUGCAGGAUUCCAGACUUACCAUGUAGUCACAAGCGUCCCCAAGUACGGAUGUUGGUUCUUGGCAUGUUUUGUGUCUCAGUUAGUUGUGUGUGGGCAGUAUUCAGAAAUGAAGACAAAUGGGCCUGGGUUUUGCAAGAUACUCUGGGAAUUGCCUUUUGCCUUUACAUGUUGAAAACAAUCCGACUCCCAACUUUUAAGGCUUGCACAUUACUGCUGACGGUUCUCUUUGUCUAUGAUAUAUUUUUUGUCUCCGUCACACCAUACCUUACACAGAGCGGGGAGAGUAUCAUGAUGGAGGUUGCUGCUGGUCCUUCUGAUUUCUCCACUCAAGAGAAGCUUCCAAUGGUUCUAAAGGUGCCCCGCUUGAAUUCAUCACCUCUGGCAUUGUGUGACCGGCCAUUCUCCCUUCUUGGCUUUGGUGAUGUCUUAAUACCAGGAAUGUUGGUGGCAUAUUGUCACAGGUUUGACAUUCAGGCACAGACCCCACGAAUUUAUUUUGUGGCUUGCACAAUUGCUUAUGGCAUUGGACUUCUCAUUACCUUUCUUGCCCUGGCACUAAUGCAGACGGGUCAACCAGCGCUCCUUUACCUGGUCCCGUGCACUCUGAUCACUAGCAUCUGUGUGGCUUGCUGGCGCAAGGAGGUGACAAUGUUCUGGAAUGGAAGUGGAUUUGCGACCAGUUCACAAGAUGUUGCCUUGAGUGUUUCUUCACCACCUGCAACUGCGUCCAAACUGGAAGAACUCUCUCCACAGCCGAUAUCUUUGGCUUCUGACAGCUGUGCACAGCCUUGUGAUCAGUCCACUCUGACAACUUCCCACCACGAGGAGGAAACUCUGACCAAUCCACCAGCAGAAUUCACAGGAUCUGCCAAUGAAAAUGAAGCUACAUCCAGUGAGAACUUUUUGCCAAAAGAUAUGAUCUGCCAGUCGUAAUGCUGAUUAUUUACCUGUAUACAAUUUUUAAAGAUGCUGAUAAUGGGUUUAUAUAAAAUUGAAUAGCUCUUUAUUGCACGUGUUAACUGAAUCACAUAGUGGAAUGCCAGUUGAGUAUGUUUUUUAAACUGUUGAACAACUCUCAAAUUCUCCAGGCCAAUUUGUAGUGACCUCCUUCCUCAAACUGUUCUCAAUCCCACACCAGCAGGGUGAAGUAUGCAACAAUCCCAACUCAAAUUUCAAUCUGCAUUUUCAAACUGUAUGGUGAUCACCCUUGCUCUCAUUUAUCAAACUAUUUGCACUUUCUUGUCAUUAGUGCCAGUUAUAGAAUGAACUCCCUCAAUCUUCCCUUAAUGUCAAACUAUCAAUCCCCAUCAUGAAAUGGUCUUCAUUCUUAGAAGAGCUAAAUGUUUGUACUUUAGGAUGAUUUGUUGGAAAAAACUUGAAUGUAUCUCACUCUGGGAACUUCUGGGUAUUAUCAGUUCAACUAGUAAUAUGCAGGUUUGAGAGUCAUUGCACAAAUAUAGAGGUACUAACCAACUUUAUUCUUUACCAUAAAUGUCAAACUACUGACCUCUGAGGAGAUUUGUGGUUAUGUCCUUAAAGUGUUAAGUAAGACUCCACAAAUAAGGUCUGAUAUUUUGUACAUUUCUAAUUGACAUCUCAGUGGGGAAAUGCCUGUGACCAUCACUGCACCAUUAACUGGACAGACUAAAUGUUCAGAAUUUAGUCAUCAGUGAUGUUAUCAUUUAGAUAUCAUCUAAACGAAGUACGUAUCAGUGUUUUGGGUUUCUAAUGACAGAAGCCAUACGUCUAAAAGUCGUGCUUGUGACACAAACAUGGGACCAGUAAAGUGUUUGUUCCAUCGAGUCCAGAGUGCAUUAACAGAGCAUUGAGGUAGAACAAAAUUUAAGUUUAGAACUUGAUAGAUUAGGUUGCCAUUGCCACAUGACCUCUUUAGAAGCAUUUGUUUAAAGUCUUGCUCAUUUCCUUGCUUUCCCAAAAUGUGACUGUAGAAGGCAAUUAUCUUGAAGUUGCCAGCCAUCCUUAAGUCUCUCAUCCGAACAACAUUUCUUGAGUUCAUUCAUUCAGGUGUAUUCUGCCUGAAGACAAACUCUUGGCUUGUUGUUGACUGAUGCUUCAUCUUUGGCCAUUUAUCUUUCCAGUGUUUGUCAGUGAUGGUUUGUCAUUGCCUUGCACUCUCAUCGUAGGGUGAGGAUGCAGGUCUCAAUCCACCACAGCCAGAUUGGAAAUUGAACCCACAGUGUUGGUGUUAAUAUGAAUCAUGUGCUAGCCAUGUAAGCUGACUAGCUCCUAAACUCAGUUGUGACUGUAUCUGACAUCUAACCUGGAGGCAAUUGUAGGAACAGUUGAAAUGAGUUGCAAUUCAUCCUGUGUUAAAUUAAUUCAACACUUAGCUUGCAUUAUUUAUGUUGUUCCACAUGUUGAUGAAGAAACAGAAACUGCCCCUGUGCUUACAUACUUUGAUAGCUCAGCAAAUGUGUCUGCUAAUCUCUUUUUGAAUUACAGCCUCACAUGCUAUAAAAACACACAUUAGUAAGAAUUUUGGCUGAAUGCUUAAAAAGGUUGAUUCUUCUCAGCAAUCUGGUGUGGAGCGCCUCGUGCUUAACAUUCAUAAAUUAAACCAGAAUAGUAAAUGUUGUCAGUGGCCAUCUUACUGCAAAGUUAGAUGAAAUGCUGAAUGAAUGAUUGACCUUGAGCACAAACCAUGAACUCUAAUUCAAAUCAUCCCCCAAAUUAAAAAUAACAUAGAUUCCUAUAAUGUGUUCGGAUCAUUAGUAUUUUUAAAUUCUGCAUGGAAAUACCUUACCUGUGAACACUUUUUGAAGCAGCUAACAUUUCUCCAAUUUUGUUAAAAGCCUUCAUUUGAUUUUUACAAUCUGCAACAAAAGCAAGAAUUUAUAUUGCAGAUCAAUGGCUCAAUCUGAGGUUAAUGCCAAUACACUGGAAUUAAUUUAUUGCCCCGUUUUAGUGGAAGUAUUGCAGCAAAACAUUUUUAACUUCACCUCCCUCCCAAGUGUUUUUCUCUUUCUCCUGAAAAUGCUGACUUUCACAUAAUUAUGGAUUCCCCAUAUGGGUAACCCCAUUCAGGUGGCUAUUCAAAUGUGUGCCACACUGCGACUGCUGUCAGUUGACUGGGGGCAUCAGAUCAAAACCUGACCCUGUCCUUUGAAGACACACCUUCCUUCAGAACAGCCUGGAUAUUGAUUGAAUGGGAGUCCUGUCCGAUAUUUUAUUAUGUUAAACAGUUGAACAUACAAGUAGUCCUUGGCAUACUCGAGUCUAUUUGCAAAUCGAUUUGUGCGCUGAUGGGAAGACAUGCAGGACAAUAUAAAAUAGUCAUUUGUAAGUUCGUAUGUUUGUAUGCCGUAUCUUUAAAAUUACACCCCUGUGUGGGAUUGUGUUGUCAUGUAUGAGUAUUCAUAAUUUGGAUGUUGUAAAUCAGGGAGCCCCUAUAUGUUGAUCUUGCACCUCUGCUGGUAUCAAACUCAAUUCAACACUGGCAUCUCUUAGCUUCUUAAUGCCCCAUGACUACCUGAGAUUUCCCAUCAAAAAUAAUGUACAACUAUUAUUGGAUCACUGGUAGAAAUGUUUUAAAGAAUGCUUGGAACUUCGGGUUGUUGGAAAAAAAAACAAUUUCUAAAAACAAUAAGCAUGUUUAAUUGUGCUCCUGAAAUGUACCUUUUAUUAGCAGAAAGCAUAUUCAAGAUAGUUGGAUAGGAUUUUACAAUAUUUGGAUUCUGAUUGGAGUGAAUUUAAUAGGCCUUUUCCCAAUUUAAACUAUCUCAGGCUUGUUUAUUUUCAGUCUUUGUCAUCACUCAAAUAGGCAAUUGGGAAUUACAGCAAACUUUGUUUUAACCGGCACUUUAUCAACCGGCAUUCUUGAUAAACCGGAAAACAUUGUAUACCUCAAAUACCGCGAUAUAUCGUGAUAUCCAAGUAUUUAUGUUGUAAAUAAAGUAUCACAGUGAUGUGUCUAC